UAGUAGUCAAUAUUUCCACCGAUGUUUUUAAUUCAAUUUUUAUAGUUAUCAUGACAGUUUGUGUGAAUUUUAUGAGACUAGUCGCAGUACUAGUUGUAGUGUGCUAUAUAGAAUCCAUAGGUUGCUACGAUUUAAUUGAAGAAAACAAUGAAACAACUCACGAUAUUGUCACGGAAGAUAUAUUGCGAUAUAAACGACAAAUAUUUUUCGUACCGUUCGCUAGACCAUAUUCAAAAUUUUUGAAUAGUACCGUCGUCGAAGACGAUGACGAUAAUUUCCCCCAGCUUCUAACGGAGGAUCAAAUAUUGAAAGGGGGUAUUAUAUUAGUUAUUUUCAUCGGUAUUUAUGGGUUUACUUUAUUAGCUGUGGUGUGCAAUGAUUAUUUUUUACCAUGUGUUGAAGCCAUAUGUAAAACUUUGAAUUUAACGCCGGACGUUGCAGCCGCUACAUUUAUGUCGAUAGCUACUUCAACCCCGGAAUUUUUCACCAACAUAAUCAGUACUUUCAUUUCCGAAUCUAAUCUCGGCAUAGGUACCAUCGUGGGUUCAUUAAUGUGCAAUACUCUAUUAGUACCGGCCGUGGGAGGUUUAAACAGCCCCUAUCCCCUCCAAUUAGAUUGGUACCCCCUAUCGAGAGAUACAUUCAUAUACAUAUUAUCGGUAACCGUAUUGAUUUUCAUAACUUGGGACAGCAACAUCUUUUGGUACGAAUCGUUAAUACCACUAACAAUCUACGUUUGUUAUUUCGCCAUCAUGUUUAACAACAAAAGAAUCCACAGAUUCGUUAAAAGAUUGGUUAAUCGAAAGAAAAUUAACAUAUCCGAUUCCCCCGGUAAUCGCAACGAUAUAAGUACGAUCGCAAAAGUUGCCGACGAAGAUGUGACCGAAGAAGACGUUAAAAAAACUAGCGGAGUUAAAGACGAACCCAAACAAUCGAUUUUAUCCGCUUUCGGUAGUUAUAUGAAAGAACCGGACGAUCCCGAAUUCGAAAUCGAACAUCAAAAAGUUUUGGAAAAAUUGCAGGAGGAAGAUAAACAAGAAGCUCAAAAAUCUCUGUUUAGGAGACCGGAAGGUAAUUUUUUCAAAAAGUUUAUUUUUUAUUACACCUGGCCGACGAAAUUAAUAACGAGAUGUACUAUACCGAAUCCGUUGGUUUAUCCCCAUUGGUUUCCCGUCACCGUCACUUUCUUCAUGUGCAUCGUUUGGAUUGGUCUCAAUUCGUAUAUUGUCUGUUGGAUGAUCAGUAUUAUCGGCCAAGUGACAAAUCUACCGGACGCUUUGUUGGGUAUGACUUUAAUGGCAGUCGGGGGUUGUUUACCAGAGACAGUUUCCAUGACGAUUAUCGCUCGAAGGGGUGAAGGUAGUUUCGGGGUAUCCAAUUCCCUCGGAGCGAACACGAUGAACGUUUUAUAUUCACUGGGUAUACCUUGGUUUCUAAAAAAUAUCAUACAGGGUUUCACGAGCGCCCAUCCGGUUCUAAUUAAAUCCGGUUCGAUCGAAUAUACGAUAAUGUCGUUAAUAAUCGCCGCAGUCGUUUUGUAUCUCACCCUUUUAUUAAACAAAUUCAGAUUAUCGAAAAUAUCCGGGGUAAUAUUAGGGGUGUUUUAUAUUUGUAUGGUAACUUCGGCCAUAGUAUGUCAGACGGUUUUAUUUUAGCGUAUUUCGACAUAUAACUCAUAUCUCAUUUUUUUUACGUACACUAGAUAAUUAUAUACAGUGUGGAAAUAUACGGUGUGAGACAUGAAACAGUUCUCGAGGUAUUUCGUACUUGAAUCGCUAGUUUCGGUGACCGAAUGAGAUUUUCGGGAUAAAUUGUAGAGAAAAAUUCGGAAUAUACCGGGGGAUAUUUCGAUAAGAACGUUGUGGGAUGAAAUUUUUUUAUCGAAUCGUAUCGUAAACGUAUAUAGAUAUAUUAAAUUUUGAAAAUAAAAUAAUUAAAAAACAAUUGAUUACACGCGGUUGUGUAAAGAUAAUGUUAGAUUAAAAGGAAGUUAUAAUGAAUUAAAAUUGGAAUCGAUAAAAUAAUUUUGUGAAUUUUAUCGCAGGUAAUUGAAAGGUAAUUAUAGAUUGUAUGACGUGAUAUCGUUUUUUUGAUAAAUAAUCUUUAAAAUUUAGUAGGUAUACUGGUAAUCUAUUGGAAAACCGUCGUUUUUGAGUUAUAAUCGAUCAAAUGAAAUUUUAGUAAUAAUGUAAUACGGGGCGAAUCGAAAUUUAAAUAAAUAAAUUUUUCGGUAUUCCUAAAUGGAUAACCCUGUAUUAGAAAUGACGAAAUUUUGAAAAUUAAGUUUGAUAUUUAUCGAAAAAUAAUCAUUCCACUCGUAAAUCCCCAUAAAUCAUACAGGGCGAAUCGAUAUUUAAAUAAAUAAACUUUUCGGUAUUCCUAAAUGGAUAACCCUGUAUUAGAAAUGACGAAAUUUUGAAAAUUAAGUUUGAUAUUUAUCGAAAAAUAAUCAUUCCACUCGUAAAUCCCCAUAAAUCAUACAGGGCGAAUCGAUAUUUAAAUAAAUAAACUUUUCGGUAUUUCUAAAUGGUUAACCCUGUAUUAGAAAUGACGAAAUUUUGAAAAUUAAGUUUGAUAUUUAUCGAAAAAUAAUCAUUCCACUCGUAAAUCCCCAUAAAUCAUACAGGGCGAAUCGAUAUUUAAAUAAAUAAACUUUUCGGUAUUUCUAAAUGGAUAACCCUGUAUUAGAAAUGACGAAAUUUUGAAAAUUAAGUUUGAUAUUUAUCGAAAAAUAAUCAUUCCACUCGUAAAUCCCCAUAAAUCAUACAGGGCGAAUCGAUAUUUAAAUAAAUAAACUUUUCGGUAUUUCUAAAUGGAUAACCCUGUAUUAGAAAUGACGAAAUUUUGAAAAUUAAGUUUGAUAUUUAUCGAAAAAUAAUCAUUCCACUCGUAAAUCCCCAUAAAUCAUACAGGGCGAAUCGAUAUUUAAAUAAAUAAACUUUUCGGUAUUUCUAAAUGGAUAACCCUGUAUUAGAAAUGACGAAAUUUUGAAAAUUAAGUUUGAUAUUUAUCGAAAAAUAAUCAUUCCACUCGUAAAUCCCCAUAAAUCAUACAGGGCGAAUCGAUAUUUAAAUAAAUAAACUUUUCGGUAUUUCUAAAUGGUUAACCCUGUAUUAGAAAUGACGAAAUUUUGAAAAUUAAGUUUGAUAUUUAUCGAAAAAUAAUCAUUCCACUCGUAAAUCCCCAUAAAUCAUACAGGGCGAAUCGAUAUUUAAAUAAAUAAACUUUUCGGUAUUUCUAAAUGGUUAACCCUGUAUUAGAAAUGACGAAAUUUUGAAAAUUAAGUUUGAUAUUUAUCGAAAAAUAAUCAUUCCACUCGUAAAUUCCCAUAAAUCAUACAGGGCGAAUCGAUAUUUAAAUAAAUAAACUUUUCGGUAUUUCUAAAUGGUUAACCCUGUAUUAGAAAUGACGAAAUUUUGAAAAUUGAGUUUGAUAUUUAUCGAAAAAUAAUCAUUCCACUCGUAAAUCCCCAUAAAUCAUACAGGGCGAAUCGAUAUUUAAAUAAAUAAACUUUUCGGUAUUCCUAAAUGGUUAACCCUGUAUUAGAAAUGACGAAAUUUUGAAAAUUAAGUUUGAUAUUUAUCGAAAAAUAAUCAUUCCACUCGUAAAUCCCCAUAAAUCAUACAGGGCGAAUCGAUAUUUAAAUAAAUAAACUUUUCGGUAUUCCUAAAUGGUUAACCCUGUAUUAGAAAUGACGAAAUUUUGAAAAUUAAGUUUGAUAUUUAUCGAAAAAUAAUCAUUCCACUCGUAAAUUCCCAUAAAUCAUACAGGGCGAAUCGAUAUUUAAAUAAAUAAACUUUUCGGUAUUUCUAAAUGGAUAACCCUGUAUUAGAAAUGACGAAAUUUUGAAAAUUAAGUUUGAUAUUUAUCGAAAAAUAAUCAUUCCACUCGUAGAUUCCCAUAAAUCAUACAGGGCGAAUCGAUAUUUAAAUAAAUAAACUUUUCGGUAUUUCUAAAUGGUUAACCCUGUAUUAGAAAUGACGAAAUUUUGAAAAUUAAGUUUGAUAUUUAUCGAAAAAUAAUCAUUCCACUCGUAAAUCCCCAUAAAUCAUACAGGGCGAAUCGAUAUUUAAAUAAAUAAACUUUUCGGUAUUUCUAAAUGGAUAACCCUGUAUUAGAAAUGACGAAAUUUUGAAAAUUAAGUUUGAUAUUUAUCGAAAAAUAAUCAUUCCACUCGUAAAUUCCCAUAAAUCAUACAGGGCGAAUCGAUAUUUAAAUAAAUAAACUUUUCGGUAUUUCUAAAUGGAUAACCCUGUAUUAGAAAUGACGAAAUUUUGAAAAUUGAGUUUGAUAUUUAUCGAAAAAUAAUCAUUCCACUCGUAAAUCCCCAUAAAUCAUACAGGGCGAAUCGAUAUUUAAAUAAAUAAACUUUUCGGUAUUCCUAAAUGGUUAACCCUGUAUUAGAAAUGACGAAAUUUUGAAAAUUAAGUUUGAUAUUUAUCGAAAAAUAAUCAUUCCACUCGUAAAUCCCCAUAAAUCAUACAGGGCGAAUCGAUAUUUAAAUAAAUAAACUUUUCGGUAUUCCUAAAUGGUUAACCCUGUAUUAGAAAUGACGAAAUUUUGAAAAUUAAGUUUGAUAUUUAUCGAAAAAUAAUCAUUCCACUCGUAAAUCCCCAUAAAUCAUACAGGGCGAAUCGAUAUUUAAAUAAAUAAACUUUUCGGUAUUUCUAAAUGGUUAACCCUGUAUUAGAAAUGACGAAAUUUUGAAAAUUGAGUUUGAUAUUUAUCGAAAAAUAAUCAUUCCACUCGUAAAUCCCCAUAAAUCAUACAGGGCGAAUCGAUAUUUAAAUAAAUAAACUUUUCGGUAUUCCUAAAUGGUUAACCCUGUAUUAGAAAUGACGAAAUUUUGAAAAUUAAGUUUGAUAUUUAUCGAAAAAUAAUCAUUCCACUCGUAAAUUCCCAUAAAUCAUACAGGGCGAAUCGAUAUUUAAAUAAAUAAACUUUUCGGUAUUUCUAAAUGGAUAACCCUGUAUUAGAAAUGACGAAAUUUUGAAAAUUAAGUUUGAUAUUUAUCGAAAAAUAAUCAUUCCACUCGUAGAUUCCCAUAAAUCAUACAGGGCGAAUCGAUAUUUAAAUAAAUAAACUUUUCGGUAUUUCUAAAUGGUUAACCCUGUAUUAGAAAUGACGAAAUUUUGAAAAUUAAGUUUGAUAUUUAUCGAAAAAUAAUCAUUCCACUCGUAAAUCCCCAUAAAUCAUACAGGGCGAAUCGAUAUUUAAAUAAAUAAACUUUUCGGUAUUUCUAAAUGGAUAACCCUGUAUUAGAAAUGACGAAAUUUUGAAAAUUAAGUUUGAUAUUUAUCGAAAAAUAAUCAUUCCACUCGUAAAUUCCCAUAAAUCAUACAGGGCGAAUCGAUAUUUAAAUAAAUAAACUUUUCGGUAUUUCUAAAUGGAUAACCCUGUAUUAGAAAUGACGAAAUUUUGAAAAUUGAGUUUGAUAUUUAUCGAAAAAUAAUCAUUCCACUCGUAAAUCCCCAUAAAUCAUACAGGGCGAAUCGAUAUUUAAAUAAAUAAACUUUUCGGUAUUUCUAAAUGGAUAACCCUGUAUUAGAAAUGACGAAAUUUUGAAAAUUAAGUUUGAUAUUUAUCGAAAAAUAAUCAUUCCACUCGUAAAUCCCCAUAAAUCAUACAGGGCGAAUCGAUAUUUAAAUAAAUAAACUUUUCGGUAUUUCUAAAUGGUUAACCCUGUAUUAGAAAUGACGAAAUUUUGAAAAUUAAGUUUGAUAUUUAUCGAAAAAUAAUCAUUCCACUCGUAAAUCCCCAUAAAUCAUACAGGGCGAAUCGAUAUUUAAAUAAAUAAACUUUUCGGUAUUUCUAAAUGGAUAACCCUGUAUUAGAAAUGACGAAAUUUUGAAAAUUAAGUUUGAUAUUUAUCGAAAAAUAAUCAUUCCACUCGUAAAUCCCCAUAAAUCAUACAGGGCGAAUCGAUAUUUAAAUAAAUAAACUUUUCGGUAUUUCUAAAUGGUUAACCCUGUAUUAGAAAUGACGAAAUUUUGAAAAUUAAGUUUGAUAUUUAUCGAAAAAUAAUCAUUCCACUCGUAAAUCCCCAUAAAUCAUACAGGGCGAAUCGAUAUUUAAAUAAAUAAACUUUUCGGUAUUUCUAAAUGGUUAACCCUGUAUUAGAAAUGACGAAAUUUUGAAAAUUAAGUUUGAUAUUUAUCGAAAAAUAAUCAUUCCACUCGUAAAUCCCCAUAAAUCAUACAGGGCGAAUCGAUAUUUAAAUAAAUAAACUUUUCGGUAUUCCUAAAUGGAUAACCCUGUAUUAUUAUUAGGUUAUAAUUUUUUAAAUAUCACAUUUAAUAAUACAAGUUUCAUAAAACGACUAUUUCAAAAUUCACAAAAUAUCGUAUAUUCAAGUAUUUUCACUCAUAUGUAUAUACGGGGUACAGUUAAAAAGUUUAGUAACUUUCGAUCUAAUAUUUGCUUAUUGAGUUAUUAUAUAACCUAUAAGUUUUAUUUAUGUUUUUUUUUUAAAAAAAGAUACUCUUCGAAAAAAAGUUUGUGAUGUUUUUUUUAUAUAAGAAUAUACACGUUAAGUUUAUAUUUAUUUUAAUUAUAUAAUAAAUUGUGAAUAAAUAUUUAUUCCCGA